AAAUCCUUCAAAUAUAUAUAUAUUACCUACAUAUAUUCAGGUAACUGAAGUGCAAGAAUGGCGAACAGGACGGACCCGCUAGCGAAAAGCAUAAAGGGGACGAACCCGCAGAACCUGGUGGAGAAGAUAGUGCGUUCUAAGAUAUACCAGAACACUUACUGGAAAGAGCAAUGCUUUGGACUCACUGCCGAGACCCUUGUUGACAAGGCCAUGGAGAUCGACCAUUUGGGUGGUACUCACGGCGGCAACCGCAAGCCCACUCCUUUCUUGUGCCUCGUUAUGAAGAUGCUUCAGAUCCAGCCCGACAAGGAAAUUGUCGUUGAGUUUAUCAAAAAUCCCGAAUACAAAUAUGUUCGAGCGCUUGGAGCUUUUUAUUUGCGACUUACAGGGACAGACAUUGAUGUUUACCGUUACUUGGAACCUCUGUACAAUGAUUACCGAAAGCUACGGUUCAAAUCAUCUGAUGGGCGCUUCACCUUGACACAUGUUGAUGAGGUUAUUGAUGAACUUCUGACAAAAGAUUAUUCUUGUGAUAUUGCAUUGCCACGAAUCAAAAAAAGGUAUCUGAAACCCCAU